AUGUCCCCCUCCACCAUCCGCAAACGCGCCGUACGCAUCGCAGGCUGCUCCGGUGGCUUCACCGACCGCUCAACCGCCAUAACGCGAAUGGCCAGCGACCCCGACGUCGACGUAGUAAUGGGCGACUGGCUCUCCGAAAUGACAAUGACCCUCCACGGCAGCGGCAAAGUAAAAAACCAAAAAUCAUCAAAGCCCAGCACCGCCACAAAUGGAACUCAAACACUCGAAGACCGCAUGAAAACAGCAAUGUAUGCGGAUACUUUUCUCCAAUGCUUCGAACCUGCCAUCCCCCAUCUCGUCCGCAACAAAACUAAACUCGCCGUCAAUGCUGGCGCUUCGGAUACCCAGCUUCUCGCUGAGGUCGUCGUUGACAUGCUUGCGAAACACGAUGCGAGCCAUCUGAAAGUUGCGUGGAUAGAAGGUGAUGAUGUGACGGAGCAGGUGCAGAGUCUGAUUAAGGAUGGAGAGCAGUUUGAGAGUUUGAUGCAUGGGAAGAAGUUGGAAGAGUGGGGUAUGGAACCUGUUUGUGCACAGGCGUAUCUGGGGGGAUUGUGUAUUGCGGAGGCGUUGAGAGGGGGCGCGGAUAUUGUUAUUGCGGGACGGGUGGCGGAUGCUGCGCCAGUUGUCGGAGCUGCUGCGUGGUGGCACGACUGGCGAAACGAUCAGUUUGAUGAACUCGCCGGAGCACUAGUUGCAGGCCAUUUAAUCGAGUGCUCAAGCUACGUUUGCGGGGGUUACUACUCCAUGUUCAAGGACCUGAUCAAGACGGGAAAACAUGUCAACAUGGGUUUCCCAAUCGCCGAAGUCGAAUACGACGGAACCUUCAACAUUGCGAAAGAGAAAGAUAGCGGCGGUAAACCUCACCAAUUCCCCUUCCCAUAA